AUGGCCGCAAAUCAAGAACAAGCCGACUAUCACCUUAUUGGGCUCUUCACCCGCUAUUCGAGCUGGACUGCUCGCGUCGAAAUAGUCUUGGAGUAUUUCCAAAUUCCACAUACCGAGCAACAAAUCAAACUUGACGAUGUCCGCAAAUUCUCCCCCUCAGGACUCGUCCCCGUGCUCGAAUGCCGUUCUUUGAACUCAACACUGCGCAUCAAUGACUCACUCGCCAUCUGCGAGUUUCUCGCAGAGUCAAACCCCCAUCUCACCCUGUGGCCGCGGGACCGCCUCCUCAGAGCCAUGGCGCGCAGUGCUGCGGCCGAAAUGCACUCUGGUUUCACGGCGCUGCGAAACGCAUGCCCCACGAACUUCGUAGUGCGGUAUACGGGCAAUAUUCCCGUGCCUGAUGCUGCGAAGAAAGAUAUCCAGCGUCUAUUUACGAUCUGGGAUAAUGCGCGACAGGCAGCAAAGUCACGGCUGGCUGAGCUGGGCGAGAAAGAUGAGGGGUUCCUGUUUGGGGGGUUUAGUAUUGCGGAUGCGUUCUUCUGGCCGGUGCUCUGGCGCUUCCGCACAUUCAAUCUCCCUCUCGAGGGCGCCAGCGCUGAUGUGGUGAAGUGGAUGGAGACGAUGUGGAAUGAUCCGGCCAUGCAGAGGUUGGCGCACAAGUAUUACCGUCAGGCGGAGCGACCGGAGACCCAUAUGGAGCAGUAUGAGAAUAUGUUCCGUGAUCGUGAAGAUAUUCAGUAUGGAAGGUUUCCGGAGGAUUGGAAGUUUACUGUCCCUGGAAGGUCGUGA